AUGUCACAAUCUCCUAUUAGUAUAGUAGAUAAUUUUGAAGAUAAUACUUUUGAAGAUGAUAUUUUUAAAGAUAAUACUUUUGAAGAUGAUAUUUUUGAAGAUAAUACUUUUGAAGAUAAUAUUUUUGAAGAAGAUACUUUUGAAGAUAAUAUUAUUAUUGAAUCUGGUACUUCUCAAAAUAUAGAAAUUGAUACUAUUGCUGAAUCUAGUAUUUUUCAAGAUAUAGAAAAUGGGUUUAAAGAUAUAAAUAGUUUUGAAGAUAUAGAUAAUCAACCAA